AGAAAAUAUUAGGUGCGCCGGGCGCUCCACGUCACCGUGCGCCCCGCCCAAUCAGGAUACGACACGUGUCGACACGUGGAUCUGGGUCCCACUUUUAUUUUUAGUCGAAUUUUUGCCGCGUCCUUCUCUCUCUUCAUUAAUGGCCGCGUCCUUCUCCCGCCUUUCGCAUUUGAAGUGCCCUUUCUCUUCUGUCUUCUCCCGCACGAAGUCUCUCUCACAAAAAUCUUCCUCUGCCUCCUUCGACACCGACGAUCAGCACCGGCCGAGCGCCCUCCUCGUCCGGCGGUACUCGAUCUCCGCCGCCGCCACCGCCACCGCCACCGCCGCCUCCUCGCCGCCCUCGCAGCUCCCGCUGGCCUCCAAGAUCCAGAGCGGCUUCGAGCCGCGGAAGUCGUUGCCGACCUCCGCCUCCUUCGACGCCAACGACCAGCACCGGCCGAGCGCCCCCUCAUCCGGCGUUACUCGAUCUCCGCCCCCGCCGCCGCCACCGCCGCCGCCUCCUCGCUGCCCUUGCAGCUCUCGCUGGCCUCCAAGGUCCAGAGCGGCUUCAAGCCGCGUAAGUCGUCGUCGACCUCUGCCUCCUUCGACGCCGACGACCAGCACCGGCCAAGGGCCCCCUCGUCCGGCGGUACUCGAUCUCCGCCGCCGCCGCCGCCGCCUCCUCGCCGCCCUUGCAGCUCCCGCUGGCCUCCAAGGUCCAGAGCGGCUUCGAGCCGCGGAAGUCGUCGUCGACCUCCGCCUCCUUCGACGCCGACGACCAGCACCGGCCGAGCGCCCCCUCGUGCGGCAGUACUCGAUCUCCGCCGCCGCUGCCUCCUUGCCGCCCUCGCAGCUCCGCUGGCCUCCAAGGUCCAGCGGCUCGCGGACAAUGUCCAGCUUGCGAGGCAGGAUUUCUUGGAGCUGAGACAAGAGGCGAGCGAACUGCAGGAGUAUUCCAACGCGAAGCUCGAUCGAGUCACGCACUACCUCGGCGUUCUCGCCGACAAGACGCGGAAACUAGAGUAAUUAUGAUAGAAAAGAAUCACCUUUUCUGGCGAAAGAAUUACUUAGAAUUUAUACAAAGGAGAAAAGUUGGAGGGAGCGACUCUUGAAAAAUGGCAUUGUAAAAUCAUCUCCAAUGCCACCACGGACACGUCCUGAAUGCGUGGGGACUGAGGAGGAUCCUAAGUGCAUUAUAUGUCAGCAAUAUCAGUUUUAUGUGAUUGUAGGCCAUCUGCUUUUGUUUGUCUUGAGGUAUGUGGAAACUGUGUUCUGGUUUAUUAUCCUGUCAAAUUAGUUGAUUUGUAGUGCAAAUACAAGCCUAGUACA